AGUCGAGACGUUGAGGUGUUGUUCGCAAAUGGAAAGGACUGUUUCUGUGCAUUUCCUCCAUUAGAUUCUUACAAAGCUUUCUGAACGUUUUGCAGCAUGUUCAAGAACGAGUAUCAGGGAGGACCAUUUGUAGAAAUCUUCAGCUCACAAGGUAAAGAUCCGGUAGCAAAAUGGAAGCUUUGCGGCAGUCCAGCAGUCCAAAAAGUUUUUGAUAAAGAAGUGAAGAGCUAUGUUUAUAUACUGGAAGGCAGCAGUCAGAGAAACAAGAUGCAAUUGCCAAAGGACAGCAAACAGUCACUUGGCCUUAUCCAGCGGUUCCUUGUGAUGCAGCUUUGUGUGCCUGUGGGACAAGACUUCUCUACAGAAUUGCUAAUUACUGAUUUGGGAAAUAUCAAGCGACGACUGUAUUUAUCAACUAUCCAUAAGGAAUUGUCUGCAACCCCACUACAUGCAAAAAUACCGUUGGGUAUUAUCAAACGUAAAAUCUGGAGCAAUGUUUGUAUUGACAUGGUGUCAUUUGCUAAUGCUGCAUUUAAAGGAGCAGGUUUUCAGUCCUUAGACAGGAUUGUUGUCUCAGCCAACUGUAAACUAAGGAAAAUCUUCACGAUGAAACUGCAGCCUCUGGAUACUACUUUCAAGAAUGAUGUAUAUUCAUUACAGUGUUUGACUGAUGGACCAACCGAUGUAAUUCCGAAGUGCUGUCAGCUAGGCAUUGAUGUAGAUCAAGUUACACAGCUCCUGAAUGUAGUAAAAUUGAAACAGGGAGAAUUAAGGCUUGGAAACCAACCCUCCACUUCAACAGAUUUGGACCAACAGACCAACCGUGGAACAGCCAGUGCACGUAGUGUUAGAACCCAAGACAUUUCUCACAUUGCUUUCGGAUCAAAAGUACUUGGACCACCUCCAACCAGUGGCAGAAAAGCUGGGACAACAGGAUCUAAAGAUUUAUCAGUCUUGGUGGAUAACAAAACAGCCAGAUCAUCUUACCAACCUCAUUAUAAUAAAGAUGCCAUAUCAGAAAGGUUGACUGGCAGAUCAGAAAGACGGACUUCAAGUCGACCAGAACCAGCUAAUCAAAUAAAUGAAGAAAAUAUUUGCUUUACAAAGCAAACAUCUGGGGCUGUUUGUUUGGCUAAACCUAAAAAUGAGAUUGAAGUUUUAUCAGAAGAACAUCAACUUGAAAAGCCUCAACCCCCACAGGAGCAGUGUUCCGACAGGAAUAAUCGUAGAAAAUCACGUUUACAGCUGAGUGAUGUGGAAAAGAAUGACACAAUUGAUGAUCAAUGGCACUUUCCUGACCACUCUGACAACAGUUUGCAAUUCAUUUGCCCUCAACGUUCCACUUCUAAUCCAGAACAUUCCAGAAACAGUUCACGUUUACAAAUGAAUGAAAACAACAAAGAAAAUAAAAGCAGGUCACCAUCUUUAAGUGAAGAUGACGAAAAAGAUGAUGAAUUAAAAUUGAAGGACAUAUUUACAUUUUCAUCACAACCAAGGUCAGCUCCUCAUGGCAAGACACAGACUGCUUCAUCAGAAUGUUUCACGUGGGCAGUAGAUAUGGAGGAUGAUGGAGAACCAGAAAAUCCAGAUAAAAGAGGAGCUCAUCUGGAGGAUGAUUUCCAUCAGAAUUAUGACAGUGAAGAGGAUGAUACGCUGAAUAACAUUACCAGACAACCUGUGGAUGCCAGGACACGUUCCACCAGCUCGGAAGCCUCAUGCGUCUAUCAUAUAUCCUAUAGUUCAAUGUCAGUUGCCUCUGAAAGAACAAUACGAGCUCCUUCAGGAGAACAAACCUUACAAGAAACUCCUUUUCCUGUGCUGACCAAAACAGACAAAGCAAAGAUUCAUAGCAGUAUCUCUCCGGUCCUAAGCAGAUCUCCCACCAGAGUAGAUGUUCCAGAUUCUACGCCAAGCAUCAUAAAAGUGAAAGAUGGCCAAGCUAACCAAUCCAGAGCUUCCAUGGUAAAAAGAUCCUUAAAAGAAAUCCCAAAGGAAGAUCCAAGACUAACCACAGAGACCUCUGAAUAUAACUGGUUGAACUAUCAGCCAAAGGAUAUGAGUGAAUCUGAUGAAGCAAGAAUGCUGGCUAGUUUACGACGCCAGCAACUUGAAGAAAUGGAGGAUGAAGGGAAGACAAACCAUUUGAAUGCCAUCCAGCUUGGUUACUGUGUCUAUGGUGAUGAUAGCUUGAGUACGAGCAGUGAUGAUACAAGCAUCUGGAGUACCCAGCAUACAGGACCGCCAGUCAAUCAAGGCCAUCACUACCAGAAUGAAAUGCUUUUGACUCUAUCUCAGAAAAAAAUGAAUCCACUUCUUCUAUCUAAUCCACGAGAUUGGGGUAAUAUUUACAGUCCCCCCAUCAUUCUGCCCAGUGAACAACUAAAAGAUGGGAAAAAUGCCCUUUCACCUAGACGACCUGCAGUUCUUCAGGAUAUUGGAAAUGAUACUGCAAAUAAUGCUGAAGAUCAAGAUGAAGUACUGGAUCUGUUAUAUGAUCCUUGUUUGAAUUGUUACUUUGAUCCAAAAACGGGAAAGUACUAUGAACUAGCAUGAGUCGAAGAUUGAGACUUUUGAAGCAACAUUUGUUGCAUGGCUAUAGCUUGGGUUUCAUGAAGCCUUCAACAGCGUAUCAUUUCAAAGAUGCCCCUGAAAUUCAUAAAGUCAGAUAAAAAUACUUCAAUCCAAAGCAAGACUGAAUGAUGUUGAACUGAAUGUAACCAGCUUCUGAGGUCUGCCGCAGCAUUUCAGCACGCAUUAUUUUUAAUUAUAAAGCACUGUAACUGGACAUAUUCUACAGUUCUGUACAUGUUUCUUCUUCUAAAUAUGAUCUUGAAUGCUUGUUAGUACUUUUGCAUGCACUUGCUGUCUAAUUUGAACCAUGUCUUAUUUUGAAACAAGGAAAUAUAUUAAUAAUUAACAGAUUAUUGCAUUGUAACUAAAUUUGUAAAAUUUAGGAAUUAAUUUCACAGAUAUUAUUGCUUCAGAGUGAAAAACUUUCAAUCGUGGGCAAUUUUCUUAAGCUAGUGCAACGGGUGUGGAUGGGUUUGUAAUUUCAUGCCAGUUUGCUGACACCAUCACGUACCAAAGCCACUUUCAGGAAGGCUGGAUCAUGUUCCCCAUUUGCAAUUAAUGAGGCAUUUGUUAGGUUAAUUGAGAGCCAAAUGAUCAGAUGCCAAUUUCCUGUCAGACUGCAACCCAGUGUAGCAUUAGGAUCGUUGCACAUGACUGAAUGAAGCUGCCCAGCAGCAGACCGUGGGACCAACACUGCAGGACUUCCUGCUUCCCUGACUACAAUAGUGUUCUAGUAGCUAUGACCAUUUUUUAUUACAAAUAUCUUGGAAGUGCUCAGGAUGGAGGUUUCCUCUCCCUUAAGCUGACUUAUGUUGCCUGACUGGCCCUUUACAAUGUGAUGUGAGGAUACCUAUUGGAUCCUGAUGUCAGGGUCCAGACCCAAAAUGGAAGAUUCUGUCCCUUAUGUUUGCUAUUGGUCAAACAUAUAUUAAUGCAGUGUUUACACUACAUAGACAUAAAAUGUAGAUUUGAUCCUGGACUGGAGACUGGUAACCUCAGUAAUGUAAAGAUAACGUAUUGAACAGGGGUUCAACACAACCACUAUAAAAUGGUCAUCAAGAAUUGACUGUAUAGUCAAUGAUUUUGCCUGAGGUCCACUCGAAAUGCAGCUUCAUUGGCAUAAAGCCAACAUACUGCAGUAACCAAUUGGGUUCCAAUUGCAGAUCACAAGUAUGGGCCUGAAGCAAUUCAACUGACACCGAUGCGAAACCAGCCUCUGUAAAGUAUGCUGAGUUGGAGAGAGUCAACCUCUCAACAGCGUGUCCUAUGAAAUAAAUCUAUUGAAAAAAAAGCUUCUCCAAAUGAGGAUGGCCCCAGCAGUAACUGGUUUAAAGCUAAAGACCCUGCUUAAAUGGAUAGAACACAUAGGUUCCUAAAAGAAGUGAAAUAACUUCAAUGAUGGACACAUUUGAGAGCUGACAGCCUCAAAUUCACAAGUUGGUUAUAGCAAAGUUUUGUGCAGGUUAAGCCUUCUGAUAUACUAGUUAACAUUGUGCCUGAGUUAGGGAAGCAAACCACAACCCAAUAGCAUUAUAUUUGCACAUUUUAUAACCAUAAACCCUGUGGAUUUAAUUAAGACUGACAAUGUUAAUGGAGAUUUAUGCAGAAUUAUGAGUUGUUUUCUACUGUUAACAGUGACAAACAAUACUGAUUCAGAACUGUCUAAACUCACAUCAAAUAAGAUAUUUUACAGCCAAGACAGAAAGUACGUUGCACAAAUGUGAAAACAAAAUUCACCGGAAGCUGCAAAUCUGAAAUUAAAACAGGAAGUGCUGGAAUUAUUCAACAGGCUUGGAAGCAUCUGUAGAAACAGAGUAAACAUUUUCAGUUAAUGAUGUUUUGUCAGAAGGCAAUUUCCUCCUGUGUUAGUUGGCUGAUAUUAGAUUCCAAUUAAACAACACAUUGUAUUUUAAAUUCUCACCUUAUUUUCACUUUGAUCAGUGCCCUUGCCCUUCUCGAUUUUUAAUUUCCUCCAGCACCACCACCCUCUGAAAUAUCUGUAACUAGUUUUGGAAUCUUGAGAAAUCCUGAUUUUACAUUGUCUGUUUUUAGUGGCUAUGCAUUCAGCUGCCAAAAAAAACACCUAAUGCUUUGGAAUUCCCACUUUAAACCUUGCUCCCUCUCUUUGUUCCUUAAAGAUCUUCUGUUAAAAAAAAACCUUUGGUCAAGUAUCCAAACAUCUUUUUACAUAGCUAGAUACUGUGCAUUUGUAAAACAAUUUGAACCAUUUUAUGUUAAAGGCACAAUAUGAAUACAAAAUGUUGUUACUGUCAAUUUGUGUUAGCUGCAAACUCCUUACUAAUUUACAUUCAGGUGUGAUUCCAUGUUUGCCACUUUUUACUCUGAGCUCAAAAACUUUGAAGGCAUUUUGUGGCCGACACUGGUACUGUUAAUACCUUUGGAGACAGGUUGAACCUCAGCAUGUCCACUCUUAUUGUAAAAAAGAACUGAGGGAACCUGGCAAGUGUACUUACUGUCAAAUUGGAGAGCAGCCUAGCUGCAAAAAAUAACAUCUCCUACUCCUUAACUGAGCCUCUCCCAUUUCCUUAUAUUAAUGAAAAAUAACAUUAAAAAUGAAUUUAAUUUUAGUCUAGCUGCUCAUUGUUAAGAAAUAUGAUUUGCUAUUGAAAUUAUGAGAUUCGUAAAUUAGAUUGUUAGAAUUUUUAUACCACUGGAUUCCUUUCCUCAGCAAUUUGGAUGUGGAAGACCAAUGAUUGAAACAAUGUUUCUGGGAAUAGAGGCGAAAGAUUUAGAAUUGCUUUCAUCUAUGUGCUUGCAACUGUUUCUGAGUAACUAAUUCAUGCCUUUCAUUGAAGAGCCAUGGUCUGAAAGUAGGUCAUUGAUCAAUAUUCUCUGCUCCAGGUGGCGUGUAACUUGACAAGGCAACAGAACAUGGACAAAAAUGUAAGGCUGUUUUUACAUCAUGUCAAAAAUACAAUAAAAAUACAAACGUA